AUGUACUCAUUUGAAGGGAAUUACAAAUCAAAGCGAUCAUUAGUGCUUGAUCAUACCCAAAAGUUGUCAACUCAUGCGCUUGUUCAAAAAACACGUGAAGAACGAAAGUCACGUGAAAAUAUGGUCAAACAAGAACGUGCCGCUACUAAAAUUCAAAAAUGUCUUCGAGAUUAUGUUGCACGAAAUAAAAUGAAACGUUACUUUAUUGAAUUAUUGAAUGAAUUAUCUAAACAAUUAGAUGAUAUAAUAAAUAAAACUGGUUUCAAUUUACUUCAGUGUUUCAAUACAUGCUAUCGUAAUAAAAGUCCGGAACAAAAACAUCUUUUUACUGUUUGUCGUUUAUUAUUGUCCAAACAUGGAAAAAAUGCACAAGUCAACUGGUUAACUAAUGGUUCUGUUGACCAUAUUUUCACACUAGGGAAUUCGUUAUUAAUCAACAUCAAAUAUUUAACAAAACUUCCAUCAUUAACAACAUCAUCAAACUAUACAUUACCGAUUCGUGUAUUAGAGGAAUUAUUCAACAUCUUAAUCGGAACAUGUUCAUCUACAAAAAUCUCUUUAUAUUCAAAACAACUAUACUUCAGUAUUGAAUGGAUUUGUCGACAUUUAUCAAAGCAUCAUUAUUUUAAUCAUUUGGCUUAUUUUAUGGAUCAACAAUUACCAACUACAACUGGUGGUUACCUUAAAGAUUUCACUACCCAAUCACAAGUAUUUGAUCCUGUGGAAUUUUUCAAAUUACCAAAAACUCGUUCUUUUAUUAAUCUAAUAAUUGCACCGUUGAAAUGUACUUUUAACUUAUCGGAUAAUGGUAGUCCAUUUUCUAAUCCAAUGGUCGAUUUUUAUCGUGAACUUGUUUUCACAGCAUUAAAUGAUAUUCUCAUAUCAACCAUUGAUGAUCACAAUACUUAUAUUAUCGGUGAACGUGUUAUACUCAGUGUUGGUAUGGAAAUGUUCAAACUACCUAAUCUACAUCAAAUUGUUAUUCAUGGAUGUUUAACAGCGGUUGAGAAUGAAAAUAGUCAAUUAAACACUGAACAACAACGACAACAACCACCACAUAAUGGGACUAUUUCAUUGAUUCCUUCUAUCAAUUUAUUACACCUUUUUGUGACUGUGGCUAUACCUGGCAUGUUGGUAAAAUGUGAUCCAACCACAACCACAUCAAGUUCAACUGUCCAUACAACCGAGUCAUCAAUGAUACAAGAUACUGAUGACGAUGAUAAUCAUGAAGAAGCAGUGACAGAGGAAGAAGGAGGUGACGAAUCAUUGCCAGUUCUGUUAGCUACUGAAUCUUACACACAUUAUACAUGGUCUGGUUCACCUUUAGAAGCUGCGAUAACGAUACGUUUUGUUGCUCGGAUACUUAUGAGUUGUUUAACGGAACCUCAUCUGCCUAUUGUUCGUCCAAUUACUGAUCCUAAACCGUUACAACUACGAAUUGGACAAGGAGAAGAAUUAUCAGAUGACGACGAUGGUGAUGAUGACGACAACAAGAUUAAUGAUAAUCAUAAUAGAAUGAAGGGAGUGGAAAUCAAUGAUCAGGAAAUGAACAUGUCAGCUGAAUUUACUAGAAGUACUAAUAACUGUAGUCUUAUUUCAGAGGCUGUCUCGUUUCAACCAGUAUGGGCUUCUCAACUGACAAAAAUCUCUGCGUCACUAAGUCAUAGUUUACCGGCGCUAGCAGCUAGCUCAUUGUCUACACUGGAAAAUUUCAAUAGUGAUUUGGAUAAUCCAGAUAAAUUGGAAUUAAUUCGUUCUUCAUCAUAUCUACAUUAUUGCCUUUCUCAAGUAUGUGGUCUGUCUAGGACAUCAUUAAUACGCAUUAACUCAAUUUAUUCACAGUAUACAAUCUAUUUACGUUGUUUAUGGAAAUUAAUUGAAAAUACUAAAUGUUUAAAUAAAUCAACAUUAAAUUAUUCAAAUACCAAUAUGUCUACAUUGUUUAAUAUUUUAUGCUCGGGUGAAUUACCUACGCAUUUAGUGGAACUUCAAAGUUAUCUUCCACUGAUAUUUACAUUUGCUGAUUGUCUUCAUCAUCGCUUAUUAUGUUUAACUGAUUCGGAAAUCUGUGACAUCUCAUCGGAAGUGAACUACACCAACUCCAACGAUUAUCGUCAUCAACAACCAAUCAAUAAUAAUAGUGAACCCUCACGAGGAGGUUGUGGUUUUCGUGCUGAUGAAUUAUUACAAGUUGGUGCAAGACUUCGUGAUCUUAUGCUCGGCCUAAUUGAUUUGUCACAUCCUGAUCAAGUGCCGAAACAAACUCGUAAUUUACAAACAGAUACACAUUGUGUAGAAUCAAUGGAACAACCAAAUUAUGGUGCAGUAUUACGUAGAAUAGAACAAUGGGUCGAAAUAGCCGAUCUUGGCAGUUCACCUAUUGGUGAUCUAAUGAUGCGAAAUUAUACACAAUGGUCGAUACCGGAUUUUCGUCUUUUACUAUAUUGUUGGUGUAGUUUACUGCGUCGAGUUGAACGAUUAGUAUUUCAAAUCUAUGAUUGGGAUCGUCGUUGUCGACGUCAACAAGAUACUAGUCUGCCUAUCUACCUUUUACAAAAUCCACAAUCCACAACGACAACAGCUUCUACAAAUGCAUCAUCUACAUUUUCAUCCUCAUCCUCAUCAACUGAUAUUGCACGCGUAACCAAUUCACCACGUCUACCACUUGGCACACCAAGUCUUAGUCAAACAUUUUGGUUGAAAGAUAACUUAUUUGAUUUAUUAAAUACUACAGAAUCACAAUCUUCAUGGUUUGAAAAUCAUGGUUAUCAAAAUACAUUGGCAUUAGCUGGUGCACCGUUUGGUUAUUAUAGUAUUUUGAAUCCAGAUCGAAAUCAAGAAUCAUUUUCUUUAUCCAAUCGUCAAAUACGUCAAGUCUUAUUAUUGAAAAAAGUUCCAUUUGUUAUACCAUUUGAAAAACGAGUUAAAUAUACAAUCUAUUUACGUUGUUUAUGGAAAUUAAUUGAAAAUACUAAAUGUUUAAAUAAAUCAACAUUAAAUUAUUCAAAUAGCAAUAUGUCUACAUUGUUUAAUAUUUUAUGCUCGGGUGAAUUACCUACGCAUUUAGUGGAACUUCAAAGUUAUCUUCCACUGAUAUUUACAUUUGCUGAUUGUCUUCAUCAUCGCUUAUUAUGUUUAACUGAUUCGGAAAUCUGUGACAUCUCAUCGGAAGUGAACUACACCAACUCCAACGAUUAUCGUCAUCAACAACCAAUCAAUAAUAAUAGUGAACCCUCACGAGGAGGUUGUGGUUUUCGUGCUGAUGAAUUAUUACAAGUUGGUGCAAGACUUCGUGAUCUUAUGCUCGGCCUAAUUGAUUUGUCACAUCCUGAUCAAGUGCCGAAACAAACUCGUUGUAAUUUACAAACAGAUACACAUUGUGUAGAAUCAAUGGAACAACCAAAUUAUGGUGCAGUAUUACGUAGAAUAGAACAAUGGGUCGAAAUAGCCGAUCUUGGCAGUUCACCUAUUGGUGAUCUAAUGAUGCGAAAUUAUACACAAUGGUCGAUACCGGAUUUUCGUCUUUUACUAUAUUGUUGGUGUAGUUUACUGCGUCGAGUUGAACGAUUAGUAUUUCAAAUCUAUGAUUGGGAUCGUCGUUGCCGACGUCAACAAGAUACUAGUCUGCCUAUCUACCUUUUACAAAAUCCACAAUCCACAACGACAACAGCUUCUACAAAUGCAUCAUCUACAUUUUCAUCAUCAUCCUCAUCAACUGAUAUUGCACGCGUAACCAAUUCACCACGUCUACCACUUGGCACACCAAGUCUUAGUCAAACAUUUUGGUUGAAAGAUAACUUAUUUGAUUUAUUAAAUACUACAGAAUCACAAACUUCAUGGUUUGAAAAUCAAGGUUAUCAAAGUACAUUGGCAUUAGCUGGUGCACCGUUUGGUUAUUAUAGUAUUUUGAAUCCAGAUCGAAAUCAAGAAUCAUUUUCUUUAUCCAAUCGUCAAAUACGUCAAGUCUUAUUAUUGAGAAAAGUUCCAUUUGUUAUACCAUUUGAAAAACGAGUUAAAGUAAGUACAGUGUGUAUGUAA